GAUAGGGUGGCUGCGGCGGCCCGCACGGCGGCUCUGGCAUGGAUGAUGUCGCCUCUGCUGCUGCAGCUGGGGGUGCUCGGCGUGGCGCUGGCGGCCGCAGCGCUGAUACUGAUUUCCUUUGUUGCAUUUAUAACUGCUUUGAAAAUGCCACACCUCCAUCAACAUGAAGAUGAGAAGUCCUUCUUAAAUGCCAGAGGCCAGAAGGAGCCUUUACCUAGCAUAAGGGACUCACCUACCAAACAGCUUUCUGUUCUCGUGCCUGCAUACAAUGAAGAAAAACGAUUGCCUGUGAUGAUGGAUGAAGCUCUGGACUAUCUAGAGAAGAGACAGAAACAAAAUCCUGUGUUCACAUACGAGGUGAUAGUAAUUGAUGAUGGCAGUGAAGACCAGACUUCAAAGGUAGCUUUUAAAUAUUGCCAGAAAUAUGGGAGUGACAAAGUACGAGUGAUAACGCUGGUGAAGAAUCGUGGGAAAGGAGGAGCUAUUAGAAUGGGUGUAUUCAGUUCUCGAGGAAAAAAGAUCCUUAUGGCAGAUGCCGAUGGAGCCACAAAAUUUCCAGAUAUUGAGAAAUUAGAAAAGGGAUUGGAUGAUCUACAGCCUUGGCCUGAUCAUAUGGCUAUUGCCUGCGGAUCUCGAGCUCAUUUGGAAAAAGAAUCAAUUGCUCAGCGUUCUUACUUCCGUACUCUUCUCAUGUAUGGGUUCCACUUUCUGGUGUGGUUCCUUUGUGUUAAAGGAAUCAGGGACACACAGUGUGGGUUCAAAUUAUUCACUCGAGAAGCAGCUUCACGGACGUUUUCAUCUCUACAUAUUGAGCGGUGGGCAUUUGAUGUAGAGCUGCUUUACAUAGCACAGUUCUUUGAAAUUCCAAUAACAGAAGUUGCUGUCAACUGGACUGAAAUCGAAGGUUCUAAAUUAGUUCCAUUCUGGAGCUGGCUACAAAUGGGCAAGGACCUACUUUUUAUACGACUUCGCUACUUGACUGGUGCCUGGAGGCUUGAGCAUGCCAGGAAAAAGAGCUAGGUUGUUUCCUGUCUUUGUGUUCUUGUACGUCACUGUGACAUUAUUUCAUUUGAAAUUAAAAUUUUAGAUAAUGCUAGAAUAAACCUAUUACCAUUGUCUGCCUUUUGACAGUUUUAAAGAAUAAACGGCCAUGAGUAAAAAUUUUUACAUCCUUUUUUGACAAAAAUACUUUUGUUUUUUUAAAGGUGUUUUUCUACCAAAGGUCAAUUUUCUUUUUAGCGAUUUUGUGUAUUUAAUUAUCAUUAUGAUUCUGAGAAGUAUAAUUUUCACACAGAAUCUGUUAUUCUAACUUUAAAGUACCUCAGUAAUUCUCAUGAACUUAAAUAUAAACCAUAAUCAUGUAACACUGUUCGGAGAUUUAAAAUUUUGCCCAUAAGAUAGAAUCCAUACAAAUUUAUCGAUAGUAAAGAAACCCAUAUUUCAUCCUAUAAAACUGUAGGAAAUUAUAUUAAAGGCAAGAAUAUCACAAGAUAUUGUAUAGUCUUGUUUUCUUAGAAAGUGUUAUUUCUCUCCUUCUUAAUUUUAUUUAUGUAUUUCUUAAUUUUAUCUAUUUCCAUACACAGUCUCUUACCUCCUGGGCAGCCCUUCCCUCCUGAGUUCAUAUUAUUUGGAAAUUCUUUAUUAAAAAGACAAAGUUUUAGUUUACUUUUUAAGUAAAAUGUAAUUAAUUAUUAACAGACAGCAGCUAGUCUUUGAGGUACUGUAAGGGCUAAUAGCAAUUACCAAGCAAUGAACCCUUAAAAGUCAUAAUUAGAUUGUUUCUUAUGUUUUAGGGAAACAAAUGAAUACUAAUAAUCAUACAACCAAAAAAACCAAACCAGUUGGCCAGUUCCAGCUCAUGGCGACCUCACGUAUUACAGAAUAGAACCCUGCUCAGUAUAUCACAUCUGUAUUAGACAGUAAGCCCAUUAAAACAGAAGCCAUUUCUCACUCAGGUUGAUAUCCCUAACACAGUGCUUGGCAUGUCAUAAACACUAUUUACAAACUAUUACAGUACCAGAUUUUGAGAGAUUUAAGUUGCUUAAUAGAAUAAGGUUUAUGCAAGUAGAAAUAAUAGCAAAUCAUAGAAGAAAAGACCAUGAACAUUUAUAAGAUUUUAAAGUAUAAGCCUUGAACCAAAAAUGAAAUCCUUAAUGAAAUGAUAAUGAAAUAAUUUAUUCUUGGUCUUUUUUAAGCUAUGUUGAAAACGCAUAUUUGAAGCAUAAUUAGUAGGAAUUUUGACAGAGUGUCAAUAAUUGUUUUUCAUCCAUGGACACGCCUAAGAAAGAUUUCUGAUAUUCUUGCCAGUUAAGCUUUGUAAACAUACAUUCACCUGAGCUAAGAGCUGAGGAAACCGAUGAGAGAAAAGAUAGUUUAACUUGUCGAUGUUACAGAGCCUGCAAACAAAAAGCAGCAGCAAUAGCAAAAGUGAAGAUAGCAAUUGUUAUCCUUUGCUGUGUGCAAAGAACUGUGGUAAGCAUUUUAUAUGCAUUAUUUAUUUUAUUCUCACAAACUAUGAUCCAGGUAUAAUUACCCCCAUUUCACAAAUACAAGUGUAAGCUUAGAGAGGUAAAUAAUUUGCCCAAGAAGACACAACUAGUCAGUUGUUAUACUUCUGCUGAAAUAAAAAGUAGCAAAAGUAUAGGAGCAUGUAGCAUCAUUAAAGUGAGCGUGUAAUCUCAUUACCAUCAGACAACCAUUUCUUUUCUAUCUACCAACUUGUUCUUACAGAAUAUUUUUACAUAUGGAGAGUUUAUUUAACUUGAGAUCACAUUUGGACAAUAACAUGUCUCUUGAUAAAAAAUUUGUAAUUUUCCAUCUCCAUAUAGUUACGUAUUUCUACCAUUCAUAGUUGAUUCUUCAGUUCUAUUUUACACAUGUGUUUAUCGUAUUUUCUUUGUUGAGUUAUAAUUAAGAGCGUCAGUCUUGCUUUUUAUUUUCUUUGUGUAUCUCCACAGCAUCCUAAACUCUGAUUGUUCAAUGAAGUCUUCCCAGAUAGUUAGACAAUACUAAUAUUUCACUUAGUUUGUCAAAAAAUUACAUGAAUGAAGUUAUUCUUUUUAUUGACAGCUAAAUUUUAAGCAGUCUGGCAAGUUGCUUUGUAUUUUAUACCAUGUCAAAAGAACCAGUCUACCAAUUAAUGAUUUUUUUAUGUUAAUCGAAUAAAGAACUCUAAGAAGCGAUACAUGUAUUCCUGUAGAUCAGAACAAGCUGCCCACAAUACUUCCCCUAUCUCAUACUUGCAUUCCACCUGGGCACUAUCACAAUACACCUCAAAAAUACUAAUAGCCUCUGGGUAAAGCAUAAAAUAAAUCAAAACAUGGCAAAAUAUUAGGGUGGAGGAAAAAAAAAAUACUAAUAGGGACCAAAAAUACUAAUAGGGACACCAAAAGCAUGAGCAGUAAAAAAAAAAAAAAAAGAUAAA